GUGUGAUGUUUUCUGAAGCAAUAUUUUCUGUCACACAUGAGGUACAUUUGUAUUUCUUGAAUCUGUCCUGGUGUUUCUAAAGAUCGACUGCAGGUUUCAGGAAGUCUUGAGGCUUUAACACAGUCUUUGUUUUUAACUGUCUGUCAUCAUUCAGUCAGUAUGGGGCUCCGUCAACUUCCUCUUGUGCUCUUACUGAUUUCAAACAUCUACUCUGGACUAUCUGAAGAAAGACCAAAAGUCAAAGUGAGCAUUAAACCUGAUCAACAUGUAUUCAGUGGAGAGACAGUCACUCUCAGAUGUGACAUUGAUGGUGAAGGAGUCACUAGCUGGAAGUACAGCUGGUAUAAAGACGGUUCAGACAGUGUUUUCAGUGAACUACAGGAACACACAUUCAGUUCUGUUACUGAGUCUGAUGCAGGUAAAUAUUCCUGUUAUGGAGCAGAGAGAAGAGGAUCACGAACAUCAAACAUCAGUGAUGAAGUUACACUGACAGUAUCAGAUAAACCCAGACCAGUUUUAAGUGUUUCUCCACAGAAGUGGUUGACUGAAGGAGAUCCAGUGACUCUGAUCUGUGAGGUUAACGGCUCCUCUACAGACUGGACAUUCAGCUGGUUCACUCUAAAUGUUUCAUCAGAUUACAGAAAUCGUUAUCAGCUUCUCUCAGACAGCAGCAGAGGAGCUGGAGGAAACUACACGGUCAGUUCUGCUGCUCUAAAUCACACAGGAGUUUAUGUGUGCAGCGCAGAGAGAGGAAAACUUGCCUAUUUCACAUGGUACAGCAACGAACAACCACUAUGGGUCACUGGUGUUUCUCCUCCAGUCUCUCUGAUCAUCAGUCCCAACAGAACUCAACACUUCACAUCUGUCUCUCUCUCUCUGAGCUGUGAGGACCAGAGUAAUUCUGAUAGAUGGAGAGUGAGAAGAUACACAGACAAUGAGCGGCUGGAAGAUUGUUCAUCAUCACACUGGGGAUCACAAACAGGAUCUACAUGUACAAUCAACUCCACCAUCACAUUAGACACUGGAGUGUACUGGUGUCAGUCUGAAUCUGGAGAGAACAGUCAUCCUGUUAAUAUCACUGUACACCCUGAUGUGAUUCUGGAGAGUCCUGUUCAUCCUGUGACUGAAGGAGAUUCUCUGACUCUACGCUGUUUAUUUCAAAAUUCAACCCUACCAAUCCUCAGAGCUGAUUUCUAUAAAGAUGGAUCACUCAUCCAGAGUCAAACUCCAGAGAUGAUCAUCUCUACUGUCUCAAAGUCACAUGAGGGUUUCUACUACUGCAAACACCCAGAGAGAGGAGAGUCACCCAAGAGCUGGAUCUCAGUCAGAGAUAUUCCCAAACCAACUCUGACUGUUGAGCCACAGAGUUCACUGUUCACUGGAGACUCAGUUACUCUGAGAUGUGAGGUGGAUCAGUCAUGGGAUGGAUGGGAGAUAAUCCGGAGUAGAAACUCAAACACUGAAGCUAUUGAAGCUGCAAAUAAAACUAUCAAUUCAGUGACAGUCUCUGAUGGAGGAGAGUACAGGUGCAGAGCACACAGAAGAGGACUUUACACAAAUUACAGUGAAACAGUAACAGUUACAAUAUACGAAAGACCAAAAGCCAAAGUGAGCAUUAAACCUGAUCAACAUGUAUUCAGAGGAGACACAGUCACUCUCAGAUGUGACAUUGAUGGUGAAGGAGUCUCUAGCUGGAAGUACAGCUGGUAUAAAGACGGUUCAGACAGUGUUUUCAGUGAACUACAGGAACACACAUUCAGUUCUGUUACUGAGUCUGACGCAGGUAAAUACUCCUGUUAUGGAGCAGAGAGAGGAGGAUCACGAACAUCACACAUUAGUGAUGAAGUUACACUGACAGUAUCAGAUAGACCCAGACCAGUUUUAAGUGUUUCUCCACAGAAGUGGUUGACUGAAGGAGAUCCAGUGACUCUGAUCUGUGAGGUUAAAGACUCCUCUACAGGCUGGACAUUCAGCUGGUUCACUCUACCUGUUUCAUCAGACUACAGAAGUUUUAAUUAUCAGUUGCUCUCAGACAGCAGCAGAGGAGCUGGAGGAAACUACACGGUCAGUUCUGCUGCUCUAAAUCACACAGGAGUUUAUGUGUGCAGAGCAGAGAGAGAAAAACCAGUCUAUUUCACAUGGUACAGCAACGAACAACCACUAUGGGUCACUGAGAUUAAAACAACGGUGGAGGCAGGGGUCAGCAGCAACUCAGGUGAUUCUCCUCCAGUCUCUCUGAUCAUCAGUCCCAACAGAACUCAACACUUCACAUCUGUCUCUCUCUCUCUGAGCUGUGAGGACCAGCGUAACUCUGAUAGAUGGAGAGUGAGAAGAUACACAGAAAGAUGGGGGCUGGAAGAUUGUUCAUCAUCACACUGGGGAUCACAGACAGGAUCUACAUGUACAAUCAGCUCCACCGUCCCAUCAGACACUGGAGUGUACUGGUGUCAGUCUGAAUCUGGAGAGAUCAGUCAUCCUGUUAAUAUCACUGUACACCCUGAUGUGAUUCUGGAGAGUCCUGUUCAUCCUGUGACUGAAGGAGAUUCUCUGACUCUACGCUGUUUUUAUAAACAUUCAACUCCACCAAUCCUCAGAGCUGAUUUCUAUAAAGAUGGAUCACUCAUCCAGAAUCAAACUACAGAGAUGAUCAUCUCUACUGUCUCAAAGUCACAUGAGGGUUUCUACUACUGCAAACACCCAGAGAGAGGAGAGUCACCCAAGAGCUGGAUCUCAGUCAGAGGAGUCUCAAAUGAAUUUUCUCAUUCAGAAUCUCAGAUCUCUGUCCUCCACACACUCAGUUCUGUACUGACAGUUUGUCCAUAUCUGAUAGUGACAGUCGUGCUGAUCUUCAAGUGCUGCAGGAUGAGAGCUAAUGGUUGUUAGAUUCAACAUGAACCAGAACUUCAAACCGUUAGACUUCUGAGUGAAACAGGAUAUUCAACAAGAAAACAUGUAGAGCAAAACUUGAUUUUACCCAACAGGAAUUGUUUGGCAUUACAUCAUUUUUUUCUUUGUAAUUGCUAAAACAUUGUAAGAUGUUGAUGACAUAGUGACUCGAACUAAACUUUUUGCUCAUAAAGGUUUGGAAGCUUACUUUACAUUACUGCUUUUUCAGUUGAUUUUCAGUAUUAUUGAAUCAUGAAAGUUAAAGUUUAAUGUUUUUAUUUUGUUCUGCCUUAAUAUUGUAAAGUUCAAUCGUUUACAGUAUAAGUCUUAGUGCUUCUAUGUUAUGUAGCCUCUGUGAUGAUUGCCUGAUUUAUAACCACAUGGAUGUGUCAUUUGUAAGCAUGUUUAUUCAUUAUUCUUUAGUGUAUUCUUUAUUCAUGACUUGUAUUGUUGCAAAGCUCUGUAGGUUUUUCAUAUUUUGAACUGUUUAUAUUUU